AUGAACCCCGUCACCGAACCGACACCGGCAGGCCUCCCCGAAGCCAAACCCAUCGCCAGUACCGCCGCCAACGUCUACAAAGACUGCGUUCCCCGACCCAAGCGCGCUUCCAGGCCAAUCUCCGAAUCUGACACUGGCAGCGGCAGCAGCGACGAUGACGGCUUCCACACUUGCACGUCCGACUCUCAGCCGACGUCUCCUGUCCAGAAUAACCUCCAGCGCACCGACAUGGCCGCCCUCCAGGCUAACUCUGUCGUCCCCCGCCUCGAGCUCUGCGGUGACUUGCAUCGCCGGCGGAACCGCGAGCAUGGGCGUCAGCACGAGCGCAGCUGGGACAGGGGGCGGGCCGACCGCACUCGCAGGAACGCUAUUGCCUCGCUUUUCCGGCGGGACACACGACACGCAUCGUCGACCGCUACGGAAGGCGAGGGGUCCGAGACACGGGCGCAGCCAGACUUUCUGCGCAAGGCGCGCAAGGCCGAGCUGUUGAAGAAGGUUACGACGACGAGGCGCCGCGGGAGUGUGCACUACUGCUCGGGCUGCGGCAGCGUCUCGCCGUCGCCGGUCGGCUACGUAGCCAUCAACAUCGGCUUCGUCGCGGUGCUGCUGCUCGAAGUUGUGCUGCUGCAGGCGUGGGUUCACGGCGUGGGACGCGUGUACUGGUGCAGAUAG